ACACUUGGCUGCUUGGAGCAAAGCAAUAAUAACAACAACUGGUACAACUAAAAAUUCAACACUGUCCAGCAUUUUUCUUGAAUAAUUACACUUACAUAAAGCUUAAUUACAUAAAAUCAUCGUGUCAUUGUUGACUGUUACAAAACACAAUAAAGUUUUUGAAUAUUUUUCAAGAGAAAUAUUAACAAGUGUUAUUUUCUAGACAAGAAAGUAACAAGCUUCGAAAUGAGUAUAACAAAAAUGUCAAAUGUCAUCCUGGGCAACCAAGGAAUCAAGACACUUGCUCCAAUGAUGAGGAAUUUAUCAAUAGCUGCACAAGCUAAAGUUCAACAAAAUGAAAAAACGAAACCUAAAACUGCAAUUCUAAUGUUGAACAUGGGUGGUCCAACUCAUACAGAUCAAGUUGGUGAAUAUUUAUUGAGAAUUAUGACUGACAGAGACAUGAUGCAGCUUCCAAUUCAAAGCAAAUUAGGACCAUGGAUUGCUAAAAGAAGAACACCAGAGGUACAAAAAAAGUAUGCAGAAAUUGGUGGUGGAUCACCAAUAUUAAAGUGGACAAAUUUACAGGGUGAAUUACUUUGUAAACAAUUAGAUAAAGUAUCACCAGAAACAGCACCACAUAAACAUUAUGUUGCUUUUCGUUAUGUUGAUCCAUUGACAAACGAAACACUUCAAAAAAUUGAAGAAGAUGGAAUUGAACAAACUGUAAUAUUUUCUCAAUAUCCUCAGUACAGUUGUGCAACAUCUGGUUCUAGUUUUAAUGCUAUUUACAAUUACUACAAAACGAGAAAUUUUCCAAAAAACAUGAAAUUGAGUAUUAUUGAUAGAUGGCCAACUCAUCCACUAUUGGCAAAAGUAUUUGCUGAUAGAAUUCUAACUGAAUUGUCACAUUUUCCUGAUGACAUUAGAAGUAAAGUACAAAUAUUAUUUUCAGCUCAUUCGUUACCACUUAAAGCAGUUAAUCGUGGUGAUUCAUAUCCAAGUGAAAUUGCUGCAACAGUUCAUGCAGUUAUGAAUGAAUUAAAAUAUUGCAAUCCUUAUCAUCUUGUCUGGCAAUCAAAGGUUGGUCCUUUACCUUGGCUGGGUCCAUUUACUGAUGCAUCAAUAGAAGCAUAUGUUAAACAAGGAAAAAAACAUUUUAUUCUUGUACCAAUUGCAUUUGUCAAUGAGCAUAUUGAAACUUUACACGAAAUGGAUAUUGAAUACUGUGAUGAACUUGCUGAAAAGUUGGGAAUUGAUAAAAUGAGAAGAGCAGCAGCACCAAAUGAUCAUCCACUGUUUAUUGAUGCACUUACUGAUAUUGUUGCAACUCAUUUAAAAUCAAAACAACCAAUUUCUCCAAAAUUUAUUAAUAGAUGUCCUCAUUGUGUUAAUGAAAAUUGUCAUCUUAGUAAAACUUGGUUUACGAAAACGUGCAAUAUGUAAGAAUAGUUUAAUUUUUUAAACAAACAUAUCAAGGCAUAUGUAACUAGGGCAUUAAAAUUAUUACUAUCAGGUGUUGUGUAUUUUAUAAUAAAUAAUAAUGAUGAU